UUUCCCUGCCAGUCGAAGCUGUAGCUCCUGCUGGAUACUUGGGCACAGCAUGUUUGCUCUGCCUGGCUGCCUGCGCGCUGCGGCGUUCUGGGGGUUUGUGUACUCCUACAGCCUCCUCUGCACCUGCAUUGCCCUCCUCAAACUUCUCUGCAGCAUCCUAAUGAGGCCACAGAUAACAUUCCAGAGGAUUAGCAGGGAGGUCACACCAAGCUGCCUGAAUGAUCCAUUCCUUGGCACACACUGCUAUGUGCGGAACAAGGAUUCUGGAUUACGAUUCCACUAUGUUGCUGCUGGAGAAAGAGGGAAACCGCUGAUGCUACUAUUACAUGGGUUUCCAGAGUUCUGGUAUUCCUGGCGUCACCAGUUACGGGAAUUUAAGAGCAAGUAUCGGGUUGUGGCACUUGAUUUAAGAGGAUAUGGAGAAACAGAUGCACCUGCUAAUAAAGAUACCUACAAGCUAGACUGCAUCAUUGUGGAUGUAAAGGAAAUUGUGGACUCAUUGGGUUACACUAAAUGUGUCCUUAUUGGUCAUGACUGGGGUGGGAUGAUUGCUUGGCUAAUUGCUAUUUGUUACCCAGAGAUGGUUACCAAGCUGAUUGUUCUAAGCUUUCCACACCCAACUGUAUUUACUGAGUACAUUCUACGACACCCUUCCCAAUUGAUUAAAUCUGGUUACUACUUCUUUUUCCAAAUGCCAUGGUUUCCUGAACUCAUGUACACUGUAAAUGAUUAUAAGGUUCUAAAAGAUCUUUUUACCAGCAAAGACACGGGGAUUGGAAAGCAUGGCUGUAGAUUCACAGAAGAGGACAUGGAAGCAUACCUUUACAUUUUUUCCCAGCCUGGAGCUCUGAGUGGACCAUUAAAUCAUUAUCGAAACAUCUUCAGCUGCUUGCCACUGAAACACCACCAGGUUACCAUGCCAACCUUACUCUUGUGGGGAGAAAAUGAUGCCUUUGUGGAAGUGGAGAUGGCUGAACUUACCAGAGUCUACGUGAAGAAUUAUUUUCAGCUAUCAGUACUGUCAUAUGCUAGCCACUGGAUCCAGCAGGACCAGCCUGAGCUGGUCAAUACAUUGAUAUGGACAUUUUUAGAAGAAGACAGAUUUGAGAUAAAAGACUGACCCAAAAAUAUAGUCCACUGCUAGUCAGUGCAAACUGUCUACUAGGACAUGACAUAAUAAGAAAAAAGCAAUGAUCUAACAAAAAGGGCCAUACUUAGCUUGCCUCAGUGAACAGUCACUGUACUGUAGGCACAGGGGACCUUUGGCUACCGUAUAACUACAUCUCCCAGAAUUCCUCCUCCAGACGCUGGGUCUUUAGGAAGACCGCUUGAGGUUAACUGUCCUUGCA